GGUGACGGGGAGAAGUCUCGAUCGGAAGCUCAGCACCUGGCGAUGCGAGUUCACAGAGUUGUGAGGCGUCUCCAGGUGUUACACGGAUCCCGACGCUGUCCCACCAGUCAUUAACCCAGGCUUUUCCCCCUGUAUUUUACGCCCGAUACACAGAAUUUCCUGAAGCGAUCAUAUGCGAUUUUAUGUGGUAAUAAGUGGAUGUCCGCUGUGUGAAACAGCACCGGAUGGAUGGAAGGAUGUGGCCGUUCCAUGGCGCACUGGAGUAAUAAUACAGUGAACUGACGAAGGAUCGCUACAGUUUGGCUUUUCUCUUUCUUUUUACCUAUCUUUGGAAUCUGGUGGGAACGUGCAGUGUUUAUUCCUAAGGCUUUAAUCGCCUGUUAUGUGCCUGGUGAGGAAAAUACCCAGUGGAAGAGGUACAGCAGGAUCCGACGUAAAGGCACAGAGCAUCUGAAAAAGCUUCGUUUUCUCAUUUGUUUGUUUUUUAUGCUGGUGCGUAAUGUACGUGGAAUGAAGACAGAGAAUGGAUAUAAUUUGGGAGAUACUGAUCAUUCUUCAAGCUAAUUUUAUUGUUUGUAUAUCAGCACAGCCAAAUCCACCAAAAAUUCAUGAAGGAUGGUGGGCAUACAAGGAGGUGGUGCAGGGGAGCUUUGUUCCAGUGCCAUCAUUCUGGGGGCUGGUAAAUUCAGCCUGGAACCUAUGCUCAGUAGGGAAGAGGCAGUCGCCAGUGAACAUCGAGACCAGCCACAUGAUCUUCGACCCCUUCCUUACACCCAUAAAGCUGAACACUGGCAGACGCAAGGUGGGAGGAACGAUGUACAACACAGGCCGUCAUGUCUCUCUUCGACUGGACAAGGAGCACCUGGUUAACAUCUCUGGAGGGCCAAUGACGUAUAGCCACCGUCUGGAGGAGAUCCGACUACACUUUGGCAGUGAGGAUGUCCUGGGCUCCGAGCACCUACUUAACGGACAGGCCUUCUCUGGAGAGGUUCAGCUGAUCCACUACAAUCAUGAGCUGUACACAAAUUAUACAGAAGCUGCAAAAAGCCCCAAUGGACUGGUCAUAGUGUCUAUAUUCAUGAAGAUUGCUGAGACCUCGAACUCAUUUCUGAAUCGAAUGCUGAACAGAGACACCAUCACAAGAAUAACAUAUAAAAAUGAUGCAUAUCUACUGAAUGGCCUGAACAUAGAGGAGAUUUAUCCAGAAACAAGUAGUUUUAUCACAUAUGAUGGAUCGAUGACCAUCCCUCCAUGUUUUGAGACCGCCACGUGGAUCUUGAUGAACAAGCCAGUGUAUCUCACACGGAUGCAGAUGCACUCCUUGCGGCUGCUGAGCCAGAACCAGCCCUCUCAGAUCUUUCUAAGCAUGAGUGACAACGUUCGUCCUGUGCAGCCUCUAAACAACCGCUGCAUCCGCACCAAUAUUAACUUCAACAUGCAGGGCAAGGACUGCCCAAACAACAGGGCCCAGAAGCUCCAGUACCGAGUGAACGAGUGGUUGCUGAAGUAGCCUUCUCAGAUGAACGUGAAGACGAGACAGAGAUGGAGUUCAGGAUGAGGGGAGAGAAAUAGAAAAAGAAGUGAGGCAGGGAAGAAUGAAGAAGAAAACUGGUCUCGAGGCUGUAUCUCAUCUAAGACUUUUUCAUGGCAUUGUAUAAAGACAAAUAACACCAGACAUUAUUUAAAUGAAGGAACUUUGCAUUGCAAGGAAAGAGACUCUUCUUUUCAUACAGUGAGAACUGUUUGAACCUUUGAUCAAACACAUGCUAACAGGUCCUUUCCCCCACUGAACAAUUAUAUCUAUAUGAACAUUUUGAUAUCAAUACUUUUUGGGAGAAAACAAAAAAUAGACAACCUAAAAAAACACGAAGCAUUUAUUUGGUAGUCAGUCAACCACUAUGACAACCUUAGGGACUUUAAAGCCUUUGUAGAUAAAAGAUGUUGCUAUCAGUAAGAAAUUCCUAGAACUAAGUCAUUGCCUUUCCCCUGCUCAACAAUAUGGAGCCAUCAGGAAGACUCACGUGGACGUUUCAUUUCAGUCACCAACAGGGCAUGCAAUCAGCAAAACCAACAGAGAGGGAACACAGCCUUACCUUGUCAUUUUCCAAAACUAGAGUAAUGCCAUGGGACAACUUCCAAAGCUUUCAUAUGGUCUCAAAGCAACUGGUGUCUUGGCCUCAUAUGUACAUAUUAUAAUUAUCAAUACAAAAGAAAAAUGAAUGUGUAAAGAAAAAAAUAAUGAAAUAACAUUCAAAAAAUAUAUUAAGAAGAUAUUAAAAAGACAAAAAGUUAAGAAUUUUAAAAAGCUUGGCGCACUUUGAAUUCUGCAGCAGUUCUCAGUCUGAGCUGAUGCCUUUUAUUUCUGUUUUAUUUGUUUACAAUGGUCAUACACUGUGUUUGAUGUUAUCAGCCCAAUAAAUGUGUCUGGAAAGUUAACUUUGGAACAUGUUUCACUAUCUGAGGAUUUUACUUGUUAUAUCUCCACCUGUUUGUACUGUUUCACAUUAAAUAUGUUCAUGUUACAGUAUUCCCCUUUAGAGGCUUGCUCAAUAACUCUGGCCACACCGAAAUGGAUGCACCGAAAUGCUUGCAAGUAGGCUUCAGAAUCUCAGAAUGGGCAGCUUGGAAUUGGAUACAGAUCAAACUCAGGUAGCACUGUCAGGGUUACUGUGAUCUGUAGUACUCUUUUAGAUCACAUCAGUUGACAGCAGAGGACAUGAAAAGAGGAACCUCACAUGUUUGGAAAUACAGAUCUAGCAGAUUGAUGACUGCUUUACAGUAAUGGUGUCUCCACGGGUUGCUGAAGAAAAAUUUUGUGAAGAACUCAAUGCUGGAAAAUGUCUGGCUCCGGGAGAAACAGACUAUCAGCAUGGUUGUGACAAGCAUAUUAAAGCCCAAAAGCAGGAAAUGUAUUUUAGGAUUUAUGGAAAGAAGAAUGACCAAUGUUGCAGUUAUAAAGAGAAACAACAAAAAGAAAGAAACCAAAUUUCCUUAAGCAAAAAGUAAUACUGCUGACCAAAGGAGUGUUUAUCAAUAUCAGAGGCAGCAACUGAUUUACAAACAGUGGGAAACUUGUUGUGAGCUGCUUCAAGCUGUAGUCAUAUUCUGUUGGAUGCAGAAAUCCAACUGAAGGGCGCAUGCUUAGUUAGUGUAUUGAAAUGCAGUGUCACAAAAAACUGCAGGUAGUUCGCAGGGAUCCAUUCAAACUCUGAAUGAACUCGUGAACUUGGGGGUUUAGAAAGCAUCUUAGAACUACUGGAUAUUAUUCUGGUAUACUCAGUUAAGGUAUUUUGGAGUUUGAAUCUGAAACACAUAUAAAUAUGUUCCAUCAUCUUCUUAUCAUUAGCCUCUGGAUGCUGGUGGCUACACUGCAAAUCUUAGUCACUAUGCUGGGAAUGCAAGCAAUCUCUACAGUGGCACUUUAGUCACUAGGUUAGGGAUCUACUAUUAAUAUGAAUAUUUGUUUAUUAAUUACUGUACUCCCGUUCUCCGAGCUAAGCUAAUGACUGCUUGUAUCACUAGCUACACAAUCUGCAGGGUUAAAGAUAGACAUAGAGUCUCCGUAAAAAGAACCUCUAUCA